UUUUACACGCACCCUUAAACGAAAGCCGACCCAUGAGCUUGAAGUUUGCACAGACCCGCCAUACCAUGUGCUUGAAGACAACAGUUAAUAUUGGGGUUGUGAGGACUUGAACACGUGACCUCAAGGACAAACCAACUCUGAUACCAUGUCAUAAAUCAGUUGGUCCCAAUAACUCGAGUUCUUGGUAGAAGGUUAUGCUGGAUCUUAUAUAGGUCCGUGUAUGGUACUUAACCACUUCCUUACAAGGCUGACCGAAGCAUUAAGCAAUGAUCCUUCAUUGCGGCCAUGGCGAUGCUAUGCUCUGCUUUCAACCUUGGCUCUCGUCUUAUCUCAUCGGAUCGGAUCCACGUUAAAUUUCCGUUUUGCAUUCAUCAAUAAUAAUGGAUUAUGCAUUCAUCAAUAACCAAAUCUGGACCCUUCAUUUAGAAAAUCCAGAUCUAAGGAUGGAUAAUUAAAGACCAUUUUUAUUUUACCUAGCUUUCUUAAUCGGCUCAUAUCUUUUUGGUUUUAACUCGGAUUUUAAUUUUUUUUCACAGGUGGAACGAGUUCAUCGUGCUCUACAAAAUGAGAUCAAUUUUCAAUAUUUUUUUAGAACAAAAAAUUAUGGCCUCUCGGUACCAACUGCAUACCAUAUGGUAUUUUCUUCGUUUUUUAAAACGUUUACACAGAAAGGACGAGUUCAUCAUGAUCUAUUGGACCUACAAAUUUCUAGGGGAACAAAUUACAUAACCAAAAAAUACCACACAAUACCAUACAAUACCACCCUAUCAUGUAUUCAACCAUCCUACAGUCUUGGUUUGUUCAUACCACCAUGGUACGUUUUUCAAACCAUAGGUAUGCUCUUAUUUCAAUACCAGUCAAUACCAUAUGGUAUAGACUGGUGAAAAAUGGCUCAGUUUUUUUUUGUUCGAAAAAUAUAUCAAAGUGGAUAUCAUUUUGAAGAGCACAAUUAAUCUGAUCUAACUGUGUAAAAAAAAUUAAAUUUCGACUUAAAACGAAUGAAAAAUCGCCCGUCAAAGAUUAAAGAGAGGAAAAUUAAAGACUUUCCAUGAGAGAGGUGCUGAUGUCAUGCUGAUGUGUACGAGUUAUUCAACAUUACUCAUCAUAAGAUUACUGACCUGAUCUGUUCCUAUUAGCCAUGAGUAUUCAAUUGUUGAGUACUUGAGUAUAUAUAUAUGGAUCUAAUAUACCAUUACUUGUUGGUAAUGGAGGUUUAUAUUUUGGGCCUUUGAGCCCGUAUUCAACCAGGCCAGAACUAAUCGGCCCACUAAAAAAAAACGCUCACGGCUGGAAACCCAAAUACCCGACCGCAAAAGCUUUUCCCUCCCUGAAUCUCUUCCCAAGAGAAAAUUUCCCAGAAAAUCUCAACUCUCACAAUAGGGGGGAAAAUGGACGGAAAGUCAGAAAUCUCGAUCGACAAGCUCCCCGUCAAGCGGCUGGAGGCCAUCGAGCAAAAUGGCACCGAACGCUUCCAUACGUACGCCUUUCUUCUUCUUCUUCUUCUUCCUUUCCUUAAAUCAUAAUAUACGCUCGAUAGCGUGGGCGGAGGAGAGGAACUGAAAGCUGUGCCUGUUGACCUACUGGCCGUGCGCUACUUAGAUUACAGCUUCUGCUCUUCUCUCGACUGACAAAACUGGAAAUUUGUGAGUCUCCCUCGCUCUCUCAUUCCCUUCAUAAUCGAUUGUGCAUGUUAGUGGAAGUUGGGUUAGGGUAGGGCAGAACUAGAGUUUGUCAAUGUCAGGGUUCCCAAGUUUUGCUAUGGGAAUUGAGUGAAUGGUAGAAUUUUGGUUUGCAAAUUGAGAGAAGCAAUGGGGAUUAACAGUGGAAUUUGAAUGCUGAAUGUGGAACUAUAAGAAUGGGGUGAAGCUAAAGUCGGUGAAUUUUCCUUUUGGUUUAUGUGUAGGUGGAAGCUAAUGAUGCUGUAACAGUUGCUUGUAUGAAUAAGCCAAAACUACCUGAUGACCAGCUGCCUGUCUCUUGCUGUAUCUACUGCAACCAAGCUACGAUGCUACCGGGUAUGUACUUUGUCCACCCGACCUUUGCUCCAUCAUUUUCUUGACAUCAGUUGCUGAUGUUACAGUUCAUUUCAUUUCCAGCAACUUGGCAAAUGCCUGAAGCAGUCUGCCAAAGCUUUGGAUCUGCAAGUGGCAAGAGAAGCAAGAUUUUAUGGUGCUUUAAUCAGGUUUGUGAUAUGUGCAUCGUUUUUUUUUUGUUUAUCGGAAGAUAUGUGCAUUGUUAAUUCUACCUCAUUGAGUUACUAAGAUGACCAGAGAGCAUCCUGCUGGCGACAUAACUUAUGAAGUCUGUUUUUCAAUCAAACUUGUUAGUAAUAUAUAGGUUCCUGAUACCCUUGUUAGGUACGCGUGUAUGUACAUAAAAGAUGUACUGACCAGCUAACAGCAGAACUGGAAAGUUAAACGCCAGAGACUAGCUGCACUUGCCCCUGGUUCGCGUUUGACCUGUAUGACAACUCAUUAUAUGACCCAGCAGCUGUUCGGCUGACCUCUCUUUGUACAAUUCGAAUUGAACACGACCCAGCUGGCAUGCUUGCAAUAAAUUUGCCUCAAAAGGCUCUUCAUUCACUUCACUUUGGUUUUCUAGGUUUAGACUCCAAUAAAGAUCGUAGUAAGACAGCCAGUAAAAUCAGAACCAAUUCGUCAAUUGAGCAUAUAUCAAAAGGAACCGAGAAAGAUUCUGUUGACGGCAAUGGAAGUGUGAAAGGAACACAUUCCCUGCUCCGUGAAGUUCAUCAAGCGAUCUUUGACAAGCAGGUCGAGUAUCUCUGUUUCUCAAUUGUGUUUUGUGGUGAUGGGUCCCUUUACUUCUUACAUUCUUACUUUCUUCAUUGUUAUUAUGGUUUCAGGUAUUUGAUAUAGUGAACCGUGAAGCAGUUAACCAAUCUUUAGGAGUCAACAUAACUGGAAUUCGAGAAAACUAUCUACCGCUGAGCAUUGGUCCAGAAACCUCUGUGUUUGUAUCUUUUUCACCUUGUGGUCCAGGAUGAAUCAACAGCUUUUAUUGGUAGGAUCCCCCAGGAUUUGAAUCUGUAACAUCUGGGUUCAGCUGAAGAUGAAACAUUCCAAAGCACUUGGGUUUUCCCAAUUCUACUACUUAUGAAAUAUACCUCCGCCAGAUAUUUCACGAGAAUGUUCUCAUGAAAGCAAAGGAGAAACCCGUUUGUACAGGCACUCGCGUACAUACUCCCCGACUGAAGGAUGAGCCCAGUCUUCUCAGUCACUUCUACUUAUCUCUGGCUCAUAGAACACUUUCAAACAAAGUUCUUAUGGAGCUAGAAAAAGUGGUUUGCAGAGUCCCGUAUCUCCAUUUGAUAUCUCAUCCCACUUGGCAUUCCAGGACAUCUUUAUGGACGAUCUUAAUGAGAGUACCGCCAACCAUUCUCUAUGCAAAUUCUCCAUCACAGUCCUCAGACAUCCAAAACAUGAAGAGUACUGUUAUUAAAUCUGAGUUUCGAAACAAGGUUAUGGUGAAUGAUGAUCACAUCCACAUUGAAGCAGAGGGUGCUCCCAAUGUUGUUGGUCUCUUCGAUGGGAGUUCUAAAGAUAGAUGCAUGACCAAAAAGUAUGAUUGCGAUUUGGUCGAUCUUCCUGUCACAAUUCUGCAGCAGGUUGCAAGCCAGGUAAUCCGCUGGCUGCACGAGGAAGCUCUCGGGGUGGGAACUAAGGCAACUCGGGAUUUCUUAUGCUUGUCUUUUGAGUUGGAUCAAGGCGAAAUGCUCGGCCAGGUCGCCCAAGUAGACCCGGAAGACACACAGGGAUGCAUAUCUUGGUGGUUGGUCAUGGAUGAAAGUUUUGCAGAAGAGAGGAAACUCUAUGCUGAUGCCGAUGUAGAUGGAUCGUCCGAUCACCGGAAGUUCUUGGGGUAUCUUACCUUGGAUGUGUUGUAUUCAAACCUGAUGGACUUGGUCAGUUUGUGCAGUGGAGCAAGAGGUGGUGGAGGCCAUUAACAUGGUGUUUGUCAUAUAGGUAUCCUGUGUAAAUUUCGUCUGCAAUGCCGUAGUUAUGUAGCAUAGGCAAGUUUUGUACAUCAACAUUACCCUUAAUCUCAUCAAUAUAUAGUCUUUUCUAAAUCAUUCUACUUGGUUACUGAAUUGCAGUGGUCUCCAUUAUAAUCUGUGCUUGCAGAAGACUCUGCUACUGCUACAUAUCCAGAUGACUAAAUCUUGAAGCCAAGAACCCAUAAAAGAGAAACUGAAAAAGAGAGCCAUGUGCCCCUGAACUUGAACAUGAACCCUCCCUAGAACAGAGGAAUUUUCAGGCUUUUUUUCUCUUAUCUACCAAAAUUCCAAGUUUCAACAGCCUGCAACUUAGAUACCAAACUUUGCCUUCCUUCCAUCAUCUUCACAGGAUUCCACUCUUUAAUGUUUUGCCUUUUUGAGUCUAGGGUUUGUGGUCAUCCAACAUGGAAGAGGCCCUUUCACGCUGAAAAAGGAUUGAGCUGGAAACCAACUGUAGUUUUUAUUGGAAAAGAGAGUGGGAAAUUCAUUUCCUUAAUAGGGCAAACUAGGGCACAAUCAUUGCUCAGAUAUGAUGAUUUCCCCUUUCUUUCUGGGUUCACCGAGCUUCCCACUAAGAAUUUCCCGCCUCCUAGAUAACCUAAAAGCUACGUUUUGUUUUAGUGGUACAAUUCCACCAGGGUAAAUUACACCAGAGGUCACUGAAAUUAUACGUUUAGUUUACAUUCAUCACCAAGAAAAGGGAAAUCAUAACAUGCUGAUGAAAAACGUUAUCGACACCCUUAUCUUAUGUCAAGUCUAUUAUAUGAAUUUGUCAAUAAAUCACUUUCUUUCAUGUUGGUUGAAUUCGUGGGGCCUCAAUAUGCACGAGGUUAGAUCGUAUUAUUGAAAAACACCAUCAGUAGUUCUAUCCGUUCUGAUUGGGGGAUUACCGUGUAUAUGAUCACAAUCGUAAGAUGAACUUGAAAAGAUUAUGGAAGUUGCCAUCCUCAAUUUUAUUGAAUAAAUAUGUCCCACCCCCUAUAAAAUAAAAUAAAUCACAUCAUAUCAUGUGGACACACACAUUCGCCUCAAAUGCAACACCCACACGAAAUGAACAUUUGGUCGUAACUUAAUCAACAGGCUAAUCAAUUUAUUAAUUACUUGAUUAACAACCCAUCAAAACCCUAAUCGUACGAAAACAGAAAUUAUACAUUUCUGUCGAUGGAAGUUAUCGGCGAAAGAUUAGUGUAAUCAAAGCACUAGCGUAUGACCAAUAUGACAAAACGGGGCGGAAAGGGAUUUGAUUAGAAGGGAUUUAAAAUUAAUAAAAUUCAAUUAUUAACUUAUUAUAGCACUAAAAAGUUUUGUACUCAAUAGUGAGCUGUACCCAAAAUAUGAGACAAAAUCUACAACUUUUAUUGUAUAAGAUUCUCAUCCACUUAAGUUAACAAGUAACAACAAUUAAAUUUUGGAGUCAUAAUAAUUUAGUCACCAAAUAUUGAUCUGUAACGAAUCUGUCGCUCGAGUUUGGAGUAACUAAUAAAGUAGUUGUUUUAUU